AGAACCAGCAGAACCAGCAGGAGCAGAAGAAGAAGAAGAAGAAGAAUCUACGUCACACAGUAUUUAUGAUGGCGGUUGAUUUGACUCCUCGGUUCAGAAGACUGGACAGCCAAACUAAAAAUCUUCGUGAAAAUAUACAGCAUGGUUUCUCAGGGCCUUUUGGUGCCACCCAGCUGUGGCACAACAUCAUUCAGGCCCUGCAAACUCAGGUGGAGGUGCGCUGCUGUAGAAGGCAUCUACGUGUUCAUACUGAAUGUUUUACAGGCUCAGAUGCUGUGGAUACUGUCCUCAGUUAUUUGAUGCAGAAUGUGGUGUUUUGCACAAGUGAAGUGUCUCGCCUCAAAGCUGCACGACUCUGCCAGGCUCUGAUGGAGGCUAAGGUGUUUGAACCAGUGGGUACGAAGCUGUUUCGCUGUGACAAAGAAAUGACCUUUGCGGACAGCAGCUGUAGUCUUUACCGUUUUCUGGAAUAUAAAGUGCUACCUGGCUCUUCUGUCAAGGAGUGCAGUAGUGACACAGAAAACACACCACCAGAGGAGCCAAUGAUGAAGAGGAAGAAGAGCUCCAGGCUGAAUGAUCUGAGAACAAUCUCCAAUCCUCUUGCUGUUGAAUCAUCAGAUAGAAGGGUUGAGAGGCUGCUAAGGAGCAUCAACUUGCAGCCCUCCCUGUCCCCUGCUUCAAGUGUAGCCACAACUACUUCUGCCUUUCUGUCCAAGGCUGUGGUGGAUGAGGUUUGGAAGCAGCAGACAUUGCUGCAGCUGCUACAGAUAGUGGAAUUGCCCAUGUUGGACUGCAUCCUGAGCCCUCCUACCAGGUUGCAGUCACAGAUGUGUAAAGCUUUUCUGGCUGCCCAGGACCUGGUUAUCCCUAACAUCUGCCUGGAGAGAGAGCUGCCCGACACCCUUAACCUACCCCAUUUGGAUGAGUGGCUCUCAGCAGCAGCAGACUGCUUGGAGCUUUUCCCUGACCAGCUAAUCGUGGUUGCAGGGGAACAGCUCAGCCAACAAGGGCCCGCUGCCUUUUUAGAGGAUGGUAAUGCAGAGCAGAUGACAAACCAAAAGAGACUUCUCUUUGACAUUAUUGCCAAGUACUACAGUGGACAAGAAAAAGCUCCACUUCUUUCAGGACGCUACCUGGAUAUACAUGCUGCGAUUCUGAAUUUGCUGGAUGAAGGAAAGGUGCAGGAUGCCAUCACAGCAUCUCAGUUGUGUUUGCGAUUGCUGGACACAAGUGUGAGAGAUGAACUUUGGAGAUUACUGGCCUUCAUGGCCACAGCAGCUCACCCAGACGCCUGUCGUUUGCAGAAACGGACUGAUAACAGGGCCUUAAUUUGCCGCACCUUUCAGAGGGCAGUUGUUCAGAAUCAUGAACUGAAUCGAUUCCAGAGCGAAACCUUGGUGCUGUUUCUCAUGGACAAUCACACUGAACUAUUCAAGACUCCUACAUCCCUUAUUGAAGCUGUCAGGAGAACACUGAGGACUUUGCGGCAAGGCAAAGACCCUGACUCUAUUGCUACGUUCACCUUUUGCCAGCAGGUCACACCACAGGAAUACGAGGACCAGCGUGAGGCUACCACACUGGAGAGCCUCAAACAGCUUCUUCAUGACAUUUCCUCAAGCAAGAACAUUCCUGUCAAGGAGAAGAGGAAGCUGCUCAAAGAGUUUCAAAAACACCACCCUGUGGUUUUCCUCCAGCAUUUUUCCAGCACCUUCUGACUCAUACAACAUAAUGAUAUCGUUUUUACUUUACAGUGCAGGUUUAGGUGACUGCCAGUGCAGAUAUCUCAAAUUCCUUUAAUUCACAAGGGGCCUGCAAUAAUUGAGUCUUUAUUUGUCGAGUCACUGUUAAAUCUUGCUUUAAAAUUUUCUUUUGUGAAAAGUUUUUAUUGCAGCAUACCACUGGAUGCAUUAUCUAACUGAUAAAAGUGUUUUGAGAUAUGUUUGUUGAAGGCGUGGUCUUAACAGUUGGGAUAAUUUUACAUUAGGAAUUGUUUAUAUGUUUGGUGGAUUUAUAGUGUUUAAAGAAUUAGUUUGCUUUUGUGCGCUAAACUGUUUUGACACGUUUUUUUGGGUGAAGGCAAUAAGUUAUCCCUAUGAGCUAUUUAAAUUCUGUUUAUUGGGGCUUAUUACUGUACACUUUGAUUAGUCAUUAAUAUUUGGUGUUAAUAUUUACAUGAAAAAUAUUGUAGAAAUCAUUUUGUGUCUGGUUUUUCAGUAGCAUGAUGUAGUGUGUGUAUACUUACAAAGCAAUGCUAAUAUAGCAGAGUGAAGCUGAACACAGCAUGUAACUCAUUUUUGUUUUGAGCAUCAAAGUUACUUCUGUGACGGUUGAGCAUGAAAUUCAAUAUGAAAUGAAAACAAAGUGGGUACAGUAGUGUGUUGGGCCAAUCACAGCUCAGGUUAAUAAUGUAAUGUAUUUUAAUUUUAUUGGGUAUUAAAUGCUUUUAGUGCCAGUAACUUAGUCAAAUAUCUUUGGAUUGUAACUUUCAGAUUUUACUUGAAUAAUUUUUGCUAAGCAUGGUGUUCAGUGGGAUUUGAUUAUUUUAAUUGAUGAAGCCAUGGUCAUACAAAAGUAAUUUACAUCGAAUCUCAUUUCAGUCAACAUCCUUUGUUCUUUGUGAGCAGAAAUGAUGUGAAAGUGCACUUUAUGAUGCUGAAACGUGCUUUAGUUUUUGUUAAAAUAGUAAUCUAAUAAAAAGUUUAACUGAUC